CUCCUAAAAUCAGAAAAUCCUCUCUCUCUCUCUCUCUCUAUCUCUCUACCUACCUGGUGGAGUGGGGGUCUGCGGAGGAAUGGAAUUCGUUUCUCUUCUCCGAUCCUGCUGAGUCUCCUGCUUCAAGCUUGCGGGUCAAUGAGAGAUUGAAUUCACAGUACCACCAGAGGAAAGCUCCCCAACCAACGAGAGGGAAGGAAAGGCUCCCCUGGUUCUCCAGAUUCAGGAACAACUUGGAAGCCGUGAGAGAGAGAUGGCGGAGGAGAAGGGGGGAACCUGGGGAUUCUUUCCCGAGGAGUCCUUCAGCAGCUGGGGCAGCUACGUCAAGGCCCUCGGCCAGACGAGGACACGGCUCGCCGACCGGCUCAUGGCCAGGUCGGUGGACGACGCGGAGCUCAACGAGGUGCGGGCGAGGAGCCAGCACGAGAUGAAGAAGACGCUCACAUGGUGGGACCUGAUAUGGUUCGGGAUGGGGGCCGUCAUCGGAGCCGGCAUAUUCGUUCUUACCGGGCUGGAGGCAAAGCAGGACGCCGGCCCCGCCGUCAUACUCUCCUACGUCGUUUCCGGCGUGUCCGCCAUGCUCUCCGUCUUCUGCUACACCGAGUUCGCCGUGGAGAUCCCGGUGGCUGGUGGUUCCUUUGCCUAUCUUCGUGUUGAACUCGGCGAUUUCGUAGCAUUCAUCGCAGCCGGAAACAUUAUACUGGAGUACGUGAUCGGCGGCGCAGCCGUGGCCAGGGCCUGGACCUCUUACUUUGCGACCCUCCUAGGCCAUCACCCCGAUCAGUUCCGAGUCAUCGUUCACUCCCUCGCCCCCGACUACAACCAUCUCGAUCCUAUCGCCGUCGCCGUGACCGCCAUCAUCGGCAUCAUUGCUUCGCUCAGCACCAAAGCCUCAUCCCGUCUCAACUACGUCGCGUCCAUCGUCCAUCUCGCCGUCAUCGUCUUCGUCAUCGCCGCCGGCCUGAGCAAAGCGGAUACCCAGAACUACGCGGACUUCGCGCCGUAUGGGCCGCGCGGCAUCUUCAAGGCCUCUGCGGUCCUCUUCUUCGCGUAUGUGGGGUUCGAUGCCGUGUCCACCAUGGCCGAGGAGACCAAGAACCCGGCGAGGGACGUGCCCAUCGGCCUGGUGGGCUCGAUGUCCGUGACGACGCUGCUGUACUGCCUGAUGGCCCUGACCCUCUGCUUGAUGCAGAACUACAAGACCAUCGACUCUGACGCGCCCUUCUCGAUCGCCUUCGGCAGCGUGGGCAUGAGCUGGGCCAAGUAUAUUGUCGCCUUCGGGGCGUUGAAGGGCAUGACCACGGUGCUGCUGGUGAGCGCGGUGGGUCAGGCUCGGUACCUGACCCACAUCUCCCGCACCCACAUGAUCCCUCCUUGGUUUGCGCUGGUAAACAAGCGCACCGGCACUCCGGUUAAUGCUACCAUUGCCAUGCUAGCAGCGACCGCUGUCAUCGCCUUCUUCACCAGCCUCAGCAUCUUGUCCAACCUCCUCUCCAUCUCUACCCUGUUCAUCUUCAUGUUGGUAGCCGUUGCUCUGCUGGUACGCCGGUACUAUGCCGCCGGUCAGACGAAUCGGACGGACCAGACGAAGUUCAUCGCCUUCAUGGUGCUGAUACUUGGAUCCUCUGUUGCGACUGCGGUGUAUUGGGCUACCAGCACCGGCUGGGUGGCCUUCUGUGUCACCGUUCCUAUCUGGUUCUUGGGUACGCUGGGCCUCGCCGUGUUUGUGCCUCAAGCGAGGGCUCCGAAGCUGUGGGGCGUUCCGCUGGUGCCAUGGCUUCCGUCCGCUUCCAUUGCUGUCAACAUCUUUCUGCUUGGUUCGAUCGAUAAGAAGUCGUUCAUGAGGUUUGGGGUGUGGACUGCGUUCCUGCUGGUGUACUAUUUCUUUGUGGGGCUUCAUGCAUCUUACGACACUGCAAAGGCUUCCGAGCAGGGCAAAUUGAACUCACGGGUGGAGGAGGGCCAGUCCAGCAAGCCGGCCCUUGUAGAUAGUUCAAACUAGGUUCAUCGUGGGUGGAAAUGUUUUGCUUGGUGUAGCAGGCUUAGUAGCUUGAUUGCUUUGUCUACUCUGUUCAUAUCUUAGACUGUUCAAACUUUUUCCUGAUACGAUUUGGUUUUUGUAUCCGAUUGAUGUUCAUA